UGGACGCAGGGCAAGAUGGUAAAUGAUUGGACGCUGUCUAGCCAAUCACAGUUUGGCUUAGAUAUGCAGCAGUUUCAUUGGUCUUCCUAGAAUGACGCGUCACGCGAUUCAGGAAGUGAAUCGUUCUAUUUACAUCUAGCGCUGAAAUGUGAUCACGUGCUGCAGUUCCUGCUUUCAAUAUACUAUUCAUUUAUAAGUAUUUGGCACUGUCUUCAGGUCGAUGGGAAACACAGAAAGCGCUGUAGUGCAGAAACGGCUGGUCCGGUUCCGUCCUGAUGAGCGACCCGUCAUUGAGGGGGUUUUUGACAGACUUCAGAGCACCAGCUGCUCGUCUGUGCCUCCCGAAAAAGCGACAGUUUUACACAUAGACGCGCUCAAGAUAACUAUGGGUAAAAUGGCUUCAGACUCGAUGAUUAUGCGGGUCUUUGAGGGAAUCUGCAGUAUUGACCCAGAAGUGCCAUUGCCACCUGGUGGUGGGGUAAGUCGAGAGCAGCUGGUGAUCUUCCUGGCAGAUGCUCUUCGGGGCACAGCAGAGGAGAGAGCACCGCUCGUCAUGGCGAUGGCACAUGGGACCAAAGCAACAGUUACAGCUGAUCAGAUAAGAGAAUUUUUAGAGGACUUGGUUUCAGCUGUAGUUCAGACUCUCACACACAGAGGAUGCCUGCGAGGCUGGAGACCAGAUCGCAUGGACCACAGUGCUCAGGGGGUGACGCUUUUGGCUGAGCAGUUGUGCUCUGAGUUAAAAACCUCAGAUCAGAACAUGUGUGAUGUUGCUUGUCUCGAGGACUGGCUAUUUCGAGUCUCAGGUGUGUCCACAUUCCUGGAGCUCCUGAUUGGUGAAGGUCUUAAUGUUGGAUUGACCUCACGCCCACCCCCUACUCUGCUGCCCCAGUGCCGAGCAGCUCCCUGGACCGAGCUGCGCUGUGUACUGGAUAUACCACUACUCAUGUUCCUGACCUCACAGCUGCCUGCAGGACACACUGCCCCCUGGAGGCUCUUGUUUUCCACCGAUGUACACGGUGAAAGCUUUACCCGCCUGGUUGGAAAUUGUAAAAACCGGGGCUCCACUGUGUUACUGGUGAAAGACACCAAGGGCCACAUAUUUGGGGGCUUUGCUUCUCACAGCUGGGAGAUCAAACCUCAGUUUCAGGGUGAUUCCAGGUGCUUCCUGUUUUCUGUGUCACCGUCUAUGCGAGUGUACACAUGCACCGGCUAUAACCAGCACUACAUGUACCUGAACCAGGGCCAGCAUACCAUGCCCAAUGGUCUGGGUAUGGGUGGACAGCACGGAUACUUCGGUUUGUGGUUGGACAGCGAUUUUGGCCGUGGUCACAGUAGGGCUCGUCCACGCUGUACCACGUAUGGUAGUCCUCAACUCUCAGGGGAUGAAGACUUCACAGUGGACACAGUAGAGGUGUGGGGAGUUGGCGUUCCCCCUGAGGAACAGGAACAGGAUGAGAACAAGAAGAGUGUUCUGGACACGGAUCUUGAGGUGCAGGCUAUAAUGGAGAUGACCGGGAAAACCCUGCACAGCCAAGGUCUCAGAGAGCCACAAGAAGAUGAUGAAUGAGGAAGAGAGAAUGAACAAAGACGAGACAAUUGAUGGAUUUUGCAACAAAAAACAAAACACUGGUGCUGCUUUU